GUAGAGCAUAAACCUUAUCCAUUCAUCCAGACCUACUCUGUGUUCAGGAUGAUUUGGAUUUAUCAGACUUUUAAUUUAAUUUUCUUACUUGCUUCCGUUUAUAGUGAAUGUGUGACUCAGAUCUAUGAAAAUACAUACUUCCAAGGAGGAGACCUCAUUACAGUUUUCACACCAAGUGCCAAUUACUGUCAAAUUGUGUGUACUUACCAUCCUACCUGUCUACUCUUCACCUAUUUGCCAGCCGCAUGGACUAAAGAUCCUGCAAAAAGGUUUUCCUGCUACUUAAAAGACAGCGAUACGGAAAUGCUGCCAAAAGUGGAUAUGGAAGGAGCUAUCUCUGGACAUUCCUUAAAACAGUGUAACAUCAAAAUUAGUGCUUGCAGCCUAGAUGUUCACAUAGGACUGGAUAUGGAAGGGAAAAUUUAUGAUGUUACUAUGGCUGACAGCUAUCAGCAGUGUCAAAAAAGAUGUACCAAUGACAACCGAUGCCAUUUUUUCACAUAUGCUUCAGAAACAUUUCACAAUGCAAGCUUUCGUAAAAAAUGCUUCUUGAAACAUACCAGUUUAGGAACUCCAACCAGCAUAAAGGCACUUGAUGAGGUUGUGUCUGGAUUCUCUUUGAAGCCAUGCCAGCUUUCUGAAAUAGAUUGUCAAACAGACAUUUUUGAAAAUCAAGAAUUUUCAGGAAUAAAUAUUACAAGUUUUUUCACUCCUGAUACCUCUGUCUGCCAAACUAUUUGUACAUAUUUUCCGAAGUGCUUGUUCUUUACAUUCUUUACCAGGGAAUGGCAAAUAGCAUCCCAAAGAAACCUUUGCCUUCUGAAGACAUCAACAAAUGGGCUGCCAGAAGCACUUAUAUCACAAGAAAACGCUGUGUCAGGUUUUGGUCUGCUAAAUUGCAGAAGAUCCGUUCCUGUCUGCAAUUCUCGCACUUACAUGCAUAUGAAUUUUUUGGGAGAUGAACUCAAUGUCACUUAUACUAAAGGACACAGAGCCUGUCAGCAGGUUUGCACAGAUGUGAUCCGCUGCCAAUUUUUCACCUACUUUCCCCUCCAAGAUUCAUGCAAUGAGGAAAGAAAGUGUGAGUGCCACCUAAGAAUGUCCUCAAAUGGAUCUCCAGUGGAAAUAGUACAUGGACUGGGAAGGAUCUCUGGAUACUCACUAAGAUUAUGUAAAAAAAAAGCCAGUACUGUGUGUAUGCAGCACUCUGCAACAACUAUUAGAGUCGUUGGAGGGAUGGACUCUUCCCCUGGUGAAUGGCCAUGGCAAGUCAGCUUGCACGUGAAGCUGUCUCGUCAGAGACAUCUCUGCGGGGGCUCUAUUAUCAGCAACCAGUGGAUCCUUACGGCUGCACACUGUGUCAUGAGUCUCGCGAAUCCCGACAUUUGGCGUGUUUAUUCUGGUAUUUUAAAACAGUCAGAAAUAAAUGAGGAUACACCCUUCUUCAAAGUGGAAGAGAUUAUUGUUCACCCGCAGUAUAAAUAUGCACGGACUGGAUAUGACAUUGCUUUAAUGAAACUUGAUAAACCUAUGAAUUUUACUGAUCUUCAGCUACCUAUUUGCCUGCCUUCAAAAGAAGAUGCUAAUAUACUUUAUACCGACUGUUGGGUAACUGGAUGGGGUUACAGGAAAGAAAAAGGUCGAGUAGAAGACAUUCUUCAGAAGGCUACUGUUCCUCUAAUGUCAAAAGAGGAAUGCCAGGCAAGGUACCGGAAGCGCAGAAUAAGUGACAAAGUAAUCUGUGCUGGCUAUGAUGAAGGUGGAAGGGAUGCUUGUAAGGGAGAUUCAGGAGGGCCACUGUCCUGCAAGCAUGAGGAGGUGUGGUAUCUGGUGGGCAUCACCAGCUGGGGUGAAGGGUGUGCUCGCCCCAGGCAGCCAGGUGUCUACACAAAAGUUGCUGAGUAUUCAGACUGGAUUCUAGAAAAAACUACGUGGCGUGAGAGUUACCUGCUGUCUCAAAAUGAUGUCAUGGACUAAUAACCUUAGAAGCAAUCUGAUGGAGCUUAUUAAGUUGUUUUUAAAUGUUAUUUCUUAUUAGCCUGGAAUGUAAAAUACUUGAUUGAAAAAGAAGAAAAGCAGGAAUGAAUGAACGUUGCCAUAACUAAAUAAAAAGCAGUAAUAAAAACAAACUAUGUGGUCACUGAUUUGGCAGGAAAAAAAAGAAUAAGUCUGAACCAUUGAUUUCUUCUGUCCUUGCUACCAUAAACUGGGAGCGGCUGGGGUUGGAGGCAUGUAUGCAUCUGGGAGAUGAGAACUGCUCCUGACUUCCGAAAUUUGGAGACAGUAAUGAAGAUUUCCCUCCCUCGUCUGAACUUGGUUGAACCAACAAGUUACGAAUUUACUAAUGGACUUAGGAAAGAGAAGCUGAGGCAGGGGGAGCUCCAUACAGUUCUAUCAAUCUUGUUUCAUCAGGUUAUUAGCCAAAAAAGUGACAGAACUAACCAAAAAACCCCCAAAGCCAGGGCCUCGGCAAGCUCUUGAGUGAAAAUUUUUCAAAUAUGGUAAGAGCUGUCUUUCACUUAUGUUAUUGUAAUUUCUGUAGAGAAUUAUGUGAUAAGAAUUAUAAUGUGGGUCUAUUUCCCUUGAAGCAGAAUAGCCAGAAAGUCAAUUAAAGAAUCAUCCCCUUUAGAGACAUCAUGUGUCAUCGAUCUUUAGCACAGUAUAUUUUUAUUUUCCUGAUCCUUAGCUUCCCUUGAUUAAAUUCUCUUCCUUUUUCUCCUUUCUUCUUAUUUUGAGUCUGGUAGCAAAUAUGUUUUCUGGCCAAAAUUAACACUAGUGUGAGAGACAGCAGUCAAAAAUAUGUUAUUUGCCCAUAGUAAGAGGCAACUUUUCACACUGAAUAGAAAGGAAGGCACAGGACUUGAUGUUUGUCUUUGCUGAACUUCACAAUCUUGUUUCCUAGUUAUCUAAAUUGCUUUAAUUGCUGAAAAUACGCUCUAGAGCUCUACUUAUAAUUGCCACAUACCCAUACUGGGUAUGUUGUGGAGGUAAAUAGCAGGAAUGGCUUUACAAGGUCGCAAAGGUUUGAAAUUAAAUGUCAAAUUUAUGGAAAAAAACAAUCAAGCUGCUGAAAAUGACAUCUGUGUUUAAACUUUUACGCUUUAUUUGUAGCUAACACUCAGGAAAAAUGUACUUCCACAACUAUGGUUACAAAGAGUUGUAUCUGUACCUAAGUGCUCAAAGAGUCCUGGGGUUGGAGUACUUCUUAGAGUGUGCAGAGAAUGUUUGUUUUGUUUGUUUAUUUGUUUGUUUGUUUAAAGAAGCAAAAUUCAAAGCAGGGAUGAGAACCAUCCAAAUGGAACAGGAGGGGAUAGAGAAUGGUGCUGUCGCAAGCAACAUUUCAGGGAAGAAGGGUGGUGCCUGCCCUGUGCCUCACAAUGGGCUCCAGGGGACGGGGCUUCUAAUACUGGUAGUGUACAGUGCUGAAGUUCUUCUGCUUUGGGAAUCCUCAUGCUGGCUGUAGAGGUUCAGGGAGCCAACAGGCCAAGUCUGGCUUGCUGUGGAGGAUUUGAGUGAGGAGGGAGAGGGAAGGCAUAAGACUGUGCUGGGCCUUUUUGCCAACACUGCAGAGGCAGAAUAGCGGAUAAAGGUGGGGGCUGGUGUCCUUUUCAUGCUCUGUUUAAUCCAGAACCAAUUUAUAGUUCUUUGGAUCUGAGACAUGCUGCUACAAACCUAGACUUUGAUAGGGGACUGAGAAAGAGUAGGAAAAAAUAGAGAACACAGCAAAAAAAAAAAAAAAAAAAAGAAGAUUCACGGCAUUCAAAUUUGAUUCUGAUCUCAUGGGGAAGGAAUGAAGACAGCUGGAAAAGAGCUGCUGAAGAGACAAAGAAAUUACUGCAACAUGAAAACUGCAAGGCUGAAACUCUCUAAAGAAGAAUCAUCAGAAGACCAUCUGAAAUACCUACUGCCAAUACUCAAACUGUGUAUUUGCUAAAGAG